AUGGCGAAGCACGAUGACGCGUUCCUGCCAGAAGGAAGCAGCAAAGACCAAGCCACCGAGCGGCUGAACCAGGUGUCGUCGCACAUAUCACCAUCGACCGCCAAACCACAAGUGAUAAAACCAAAAUUCAAGGCUACGGCUUCCCAUCUCCAAUCAGACUACUCUGAUGUUUUAUCACAAAUCGCCACCCUUCGCGCAAUUGCCGCGAAGCCGGACCCUGAUCACCGUGGAUAUGUGCGACAGAAACAAGCCGGAAAGCUGUGGGUGCGAGAACGCAUAGAGCAGCUGCUCGACCCCAACACUUUCCAAGAAAUAGGUUCUAUCUCUGGGACAGUGAUAUGGGAGAAGGUUGGGCCCAUGCAGGAAAAGCCGGUUUCGUUUGUACCGAGCAAUAACGUCCAGGGCUUGGGUAUGCUCCAGGGCAGAAAGGUUUUACUUACAGCCGAUGACUUUAGUAUCCGGUCGGGGCACGCAGAUGGCGCAAGUGCUGGGAAGUCGGCGUAUAUUGAGAAAUUGGCGGUUGCGCUAAGAGUUCCCGUCGUCAAGCUAGUAGACGGCAGCUCCGGCGGAGGCAGCGUGACGACAAUCCGUAAGGAAGGAUGGAGUUAUCUUCCCCACGUGGCUCAGUUCAAGCCAGCGAUACAGCAACUAAAUAUGGGAAUUCCUAAUCUCGGUGCAGUUGUCGGACCGGCUAUUGGCCUUGGCGCCGCAAGGGUAGUCUCCUGUCACUUCUCCGUUAUGGCAGCAGAUAUUGGCUCGCUCUUCAAUGCCGGCCCUAAAGUCGUGGAGGGCGCAACUUUCGAGGAGGGGCUUAACUUCCAGGACUUGGGAGGACCAAUGGUCCACUGCACAAACGGCACUAUCGAUAACCUAGCUACCAACGAAGCCGAAUGUUAUGAGCAACUACGUAGGGUCUUGAGCUACCUUCCCAACUCCGGUAGCGAAGCACCUCCCGUGGUUCCUUGUCAUGACCCCGAAGACAGGGAAGAUGUCGGAUUGCGGAACAUAAUUCCACGGCGACAAGCACGGACGUAUAAUCCGUACACUAUUAUUCAGUCUGUGGUCGAUCAGAACUCAUGGUUCGAGAUUGGGGCCCUAUGGGGUCGAACCGCUAUCAAUGGGCUCGCACGAAUCGGCGGACAUCCUAUCGGUGUGGUCUCACUCAACUGCGAAGUGAAUGGCGGUGCACUAGAUGCGGCUGGCAGCCAGAAACUGACGCGGCUAUUGAAGCUAUGCGAUGUCAUGAACCUGCCCGUUCUGCAAUUUCUGGAUGUCCGUAAGUACCGUCGCCGAGCGCACCGCCACUAUGCGAUGGGGGUGGAGCUUGCCAAGGCAUAUUACAGCACCACGGUACCAGUCUUCAACGUUGUGACGCGGCGCGUUUUUGGCGUGGCCGGUGGCGUCAUGCUCGGGUGUCGCGAUCCUGUUAUGCAGGUUGCAUGGCCGUCCGGGCAAUGGGGUUCACUCCCCCUGGACGGCGGAAUCGAGGUCGGGCAUCGACAUGAGCUUCGUGAGGCAGAGAAUGUAGGCAAGAAGGAGGAACGGUAUAAGGAGUUGGAGGAGGAGUAUCUGCGUCUGAUGAAUCCGGUGCGGACAGCGAACGCGUUUGGGGUGGAGGAAAUCAUUGACCCGAAGGAUACUAGACGGGUUUGCUGUGCAUGGGUGUCGCAUGUUUAUCAGGUACUUAUGCAAGAGCGCCUGGCAAACAGAGCGUGUGGGAAUAUCCGACCUUCAUUUGCUUGA